ACUCCGCCCAUUUUCCCCUUCAAGCUCGUUCAGCUAAACCCUCCGGCUGAAGUAAACUUCAGCCAUUCCUGCCUUCUCCCUUUCCACUGUCGCGCCAUCGUCGCCGGCGACCACAAGUUCUGAGUAACCAUACUGUACUAAAACUGUAGGUAUUGCUAUGCCCACAAAACUCCUAUCGCAACUCCAUCUCAUCCAAGUUUCUUCCAUCGCUCGCCUCCCUUCCAUGAAGCUUGGAGUCUCCGUUCCGACGUCCCGGGCAGUCCCCAUUGUCUCUCGUAUCUUCCCCUUCAGGCUCAAGUACCUCGGGUUGGAGUCUCGUGCUGUACGGAAUGAACUUCUCGGUGUGCGCCGAUUCUCGACUCGGUCCUUUCCUGGGAGGGCUGGGUCGAGGGCUGAGUUCAACCGGGGGAAUCGGGAUGCAGAAAGGAUCAGGGUUUCGAAGAGCUUGGUUGAGGACGAGGAUGAACUCAGCGACUGGGUUGACGAGUUGAAGACCGAUUCUUAUCGAGGUCGACUCACCAGCGAAGAGGACGACUCGGACAGGGAGAAGGAUCGCAAUGGAGGGAGGAGCAGAGUAUCUGAGUCGAUGAGAGGGAGGAGGGAGACUGGCUUGGGCAGAUUUGGUGAAUCAUCUCGGAGGAGAACUCGGGAUACAUUUGAGUCGUUUUCGAGGAAUUCUCGUGUGAGUCGGCGAUUUGAAGAUGAUGAAGACGAGGAGGGAAAUGAAUCCCGCCAUUGGAGAAGCGGUCGAGUGUCCGAAGGUCGGAAUGUGAAGUCUCUCUUGGGGAAGAGAAGCGGUGGGGAGUUGCGAAGAGGGAGAAGGGAUGGAAGGAGAAAAUCGUAUUCGAUUAGUGAGGAUGAUGCUGAUGAAGAUGAACAGGAAGCAAAGAAGUUCAUGGGACGCUUUGGAGAUCUUAUCAGCGAAGAAGAUAGUGACGCUGAAGAUACUGUAGAUGAAGAUGGUGAUGAUAAUUUACUGAAGAAGGCUUUAGCUUCUCAGCUGGAUCAAGCAAAGGAGCCGAAGAAGAGCGGUCCGGCAAGAGAUUCUUCUGAGAGAUCUGGCUCUUAUUUAAGUGAGACCAAAUUUGAUCAAUGUUCAAUCUCGCCUUUAUCAUUGAAAGGAGUCAAGGCUGCUGGAUAUGAGAAAAUGACCGUUGUGCAGGAGGCAACUCUUCCAGUAAUUUUGAGAGGUAAGGAUGUCCUAGCCAAGGCUAAAACAGGUACCGGAAAAACGGUUGCCUUUUUGCUUCCAUCUAUUGAAGUUGUUGAAAAGUCACCUCCUUUUGAUCAUGAUCAAAAGCGGCCUCCAAUCCUUGUGCUUGUCAUAUGCCCGACUCGAGAGCUUGCAAGUCAAGCUGCCGCAGAAGCCACUAAACUACUGAAGUUCCACCCUUCCAUUGGCGUUCAAGUUGUGAUUGGAGGGACAAGACUUGCGUUGGAACAGAAACGCAUGCAAGCUAACCCUUGCCAGAUCCUUGUUGCUACUCCUGGAAGGCUUAGAGACCAUAUUGAGAAUACAGCAGGCUUUGCAACUCGGCUGAUGGGCGUGAAAGUCCUUGUUCUUGAUGAAGCUGAUCAUCUACUAGACAUGGGAUUUCGCAAAGACAUUGAGAGGAUCAUUGCUGCAGUUCCUAAACAACGACAAACACUUAUGUUUUCUGCCACUGUUCCAGAAGAGGUCCGUCAAGUCUGCCAUAUUGCAUUGAGAAGAGAUCAUGAAUUUAUCAAUACAGUUGAAGAGGGUAGUGAGGAGACACAUUCACAGGUUCAGCAGAGGCACUUAGUUGCACCAUUAGACAAACAUUUCUCCUUGCUCUACCUUCUUCUAAAGGAGCAUAUUGCUGACGAUGUUGACUAUAAGGUUCUUGUUUUCUGCACAACUGCUAUGGUCACAAGACUUGUUGCUGACCUUCUUGGUGAGUUGAAGUUGAAUGUGAGAGAAAUUCAUUCAAGAAAGCCUCAGAACUAUAGAACCAGGGUCUCUGAGGAGUUUCGGAAGUCCAAGGGCCUUAUCCUUGUAACUUCAGAUGUAUCUGCCCGUGGAGUUGAUUAUCCAGACGUCACUCUGGUUAUACAGUUGGGUUUACCAGCUGAUAGAGAACAGUAUAUCCACCGACUGGGUCGAACAGGGCGGAAAGGUAAAGAAGGGCAAGGCGUACUGUUGCUAGCUCCUUGGGAAGAAUUCUUUUUAUCUGCCGUAAAGGAUCUGCCCAUUACAAAAGCUCCAGCACCUUCAAUUGAUCCUGACACACAGAAAAAGGUGGAAAGGGCCCUAGCCCAUGUGGAGAUGAAGAAUAAGGAAGCAGCGUAUCAAUCCUGGCUUGGUUUCUACAAUUCCAUCUCGAAAGUGGGGAAGGACAAGUAUAGGCUAGUGGAGUUGGCAAAUGAAUUCAGUAGAAGCAUGGGGCUUGAUAACCCUCCCGCUAUUCCAAAGCUAGUCCUUGGCAAGAUGGGCCUCAGAAAUAUACCUGGUUUACGUUCCAAAUAGGUUAUGCUGUCCGUGUGAUUUCUGACGAGUAAUUUUGGGCACUUACAGUUUGCAUUAAUUUUUAAUCAGGCCCCUCUAGUUUUCUUUGUUGGAAUUGGACCUUUACACUUUCACAUCAAGUCCAUUGGCCCUUAA